UUUGCUUCAGUGAUUCAAAAGUGCAAAUAACAACAUUGUUGUCAAGAAGCGUGAACCGUCCUUAUUGAAGAAACAGUCUAAACAUCUGAUGAUCAAAAAUCGCCGCGAGUGAAGGUCCUUCAUACAGAUGCAAAGCGCUUAAAAAGUCGUGAUGGUGUUAAAGCUGGGUUCACGUUAGACAACGAAUGAAGAAAGGAAUGAAACAACCUAAAGCAGGCAUGGAUCAGCAGGGGUGGGUGAAAACGAAAGAGGAGCAGAAGAGUGUAGAUACUUUCACGUCUCUGACCAAAGACUUCUGUGGUUAUACAUCCGCGCAUGGCUUUGAGAGGAUCAUGUCCUCAAAACAGUGGAUUCGCAAGGCGUUCUGGAGUUUGUUGUUUAUUGCAGCCAUCGUGGUGCUGUGCUUUCAGGUUUUGACACUUUUUGAGAAAUACCAGAGUAGACCGCUGGUCACACUCGUGUCACUGCAGUCUGACACGAGCCUUCCAUUCCCCACUGUCACAUUAUGCAACUUCAAUGCUAUCAAGUACGACGCACUUGAGGAAAGCAACUUCACUGACCUCCUCGACACGAUUAAAAAGCAAAAUUCGUCGUCGAACUCCACUUCCUCUCGAGCAAACGAUGAUGCAGUGCCAACCAUGUACGGUCCAACCCCAACAGACUUUUACUCAGAUUACGAUGAAGAUUUUGAUUACUGGGGAGACGACGACGUGGAAGAUCCAGAAAACCUUGAUGAAGAAUAUUUCGCAAGUGAAAAAGUUUCUCUUUUGUUGGCUGGAAAAGACGAAGAUUAUCUUUCAAAUUUGGGUCAUCAGUUCGAAGACAUGAUUUUGUCCUGCACUUAUCGUGGUGUUUCUUGCAGCAAUUUCACAGGAAAUUUCUGGACCAAAUUUUGGCACUACAAGUACGGCAAUUGCUUCCUUUUUAACAGCGGCUUAACAAGCUCGGGAUCUAACAGCCCCGUGAUUAAGUCCAACAAAGCUGGGCCCACACAUGGGCUAAAUCUUGAGAUAAACGUGGAACAAGACCAGUACCUCAAUCAAUUAACACCAGAAGCUGGUAUCAGACUUGAUAUUUCAAGUCAGGGAUAUAUGCCAUUUCCAAUGGAGAGAGGCUUAAGCAUACCUGUAGGGUUCGCCACGUCAAUUGGUUUGAGAAAGGUCAUGAUCGAAAGACAGGAUCCAUUCAAUAACAAUCGAUGUCAUAAAAACUCCUCAAUUGACAAGUCGAACUUGUACACCAGAAUGUUUAACGCCACAUACUCAUCAACCGCCUGUAAGGAGUCAUGCUUAGCCGACAGUCAGUUUUUACAGUGUGGAUGUAUGGAGUACAGAUUUCCUGUGGACAAAAAUCCAGUUUGUGAUAUUACCAAUAAAACCACUAUUGGCUGCCUCAACAAGUUACAGAAGCAGUACCGGGACAACAAACUAAAUUGCAGCAGCUCUUGUCCCCCUCCAUGCAGCCAGGAAGAGUUCAAGAUAAGUACAUCGCUUGCUGUUUGGCCUUCGGAAAAUUACGAGGAAUUCUACCAAGAUGAGCUCGAGAAGCGCGGGAAAUUCGUUUGGUCAGAUUUUGACUCUCUCAGGAAAAAUGUGCUGAAGGUACAAAUUUUCUUCGAAGAACUUAACGUUGAAAUGAUAAAAGAACAAAAAUCAUACGGAAUUGCAGAUUUCGCGUCCGACAUUGGUGGCCAGCUCGGUUUAUGGAUCGGAUUUUCUGUGCUGACAAUAGCCGAGUUCAUUGAAUUUUUUAUGUUGCUGUUUGCUCAUCUUGUCAAAAAAUGCACAUCGCGGGGAAAAGUGAAGUCAGCCUCAUUGGAAUUGAAGGAGACUUAAUUGUAGAGCAAUAAAGAUACCAAGCAUGUGCUAGUUUAAGAUACUCUCGCCAUAUUCUAACACAUGCGUCAAAGAGUUUCAUAUGCUGGGAUGCAGAACAUGCUAAUAUCUGGCUUCAAAACUGCCAAAAAUCAAAUCAAAUUAAGGACGAGGGGCUUUAGAAUAACUACUUAAGCGUAAAGAAAAAUAAUAUUUUUCUUUUAAUAAUAUACAUGGAAAAAUUACUCAGUUCUGAUUGGUAAAGAUAAAUGUAGUUUUCAGGUAAUUCAGUGCAGAAGAGAGUUAAUUCAGUGCAGAAGAGGGUUAAUUCAGUGCAAAGAAAGAAACAAAUCAGACAUUCUGAUUGGUCAAUAAUCAAAGAAACUCACAGAUAGCCAAUCAAAUGCGAGCCCUCGAUGUCGCACCAAAAUUUGAAAAUUUGCGAGCGAAACAAUGGCCGGCGUUUUAAGUAGGCUUUCUUUCGCCACCGCAGCUGAUAAACAGCUUAAACAACGAAAACACUGUAAAAAGCUCUGGGGGUUUUUGGUUGUCGGUUUGGAAAAAGGGGUGUUUAGGGAAGGGAAUUGCCGAGGAAAUCGAAAAUUACGAGCCGACCCAGCUUAACACUUUGCUCGAGCGAUCCAACGCCGAAAUUAAAAACAAACAUGGUAAAACCUCGGAAACGACGAUUCCAUUUCAUCGAAAGUGAUUCGGACACAGGCUGAACAAUUCCUUGAACUGUUUAGCCGGACUUUGAACGUUUUUGCACCUUAAAGAUGUGAAGAUAUCAUUGCAUAUUAUUGUUUUGAUCGUACGCGGUUGUUUUGACCGAACGCACGGUUUGAAUAAAUUAUUUUUGCACUUGA